CAAGGGAGGGCAUAAUGAGAGAGGAGUUCUAGAAAUGCAGAAGGACAGAAGAAAUCAGCUUAAUUCGCAGCAGGUUUCAGAUGGGAAUUAAUCUGUGCGUGGAGCGGGGUCCUGGAUGCUGAGCCUGCUGCCCUGCUCCCUCUGCAGGCACGGCACAGCUUGGAAGAGCCGCUUAGUGACACGGAAAAAAUGUUCCAUCACAAAUCCAAAGCGCUGGCAGCUCGCUCCUGCCGUCCCAAAGGGAGGGCUCUGCCCUAGGUCCAGCUCAGCAAAGCUCGGCCCAUCCUGCCGGGCUUAGCGGGGCAAACAUUCCCGAAACCCUGAUUUUCAUUCGGGCGCAAAAUGACUUUGCCAGCGAGGAAGUGGGUGCGUGAGCCCCUGGCCAUGGGCAACCAAGCGGCUGCAUGGACCAAGGAGCCCGGCAGGGGCAAUUCCCGGCACUCCCAAGGUUUCAAGAAUUACCUGCCCAGCCCAUCCAGGGAGCAAAUCCUGUUCCACAGACCCAGGGGGCUGCAGUGCAUCUCCCCCUUAGUGCAGAGCGUGGAGGAGACCCCCGAGCCCAUCCCAGCCAGGAUCAAGGGCCACAUUCCCAAGUGGAUUAAUGGAAACCUGCUGAGGAACGGCCCUGGCAAGUUCGAGUUUGGCAAUGACAACUUCAACCACUGGUUCGAUGGCAUGGCCCUGCUGCACCAGUUCCAGCUGGCCCAUGGCACCGUCAGCUACAGGAGCAGGUUCCUGCAGAGCAGCUCCUACGUGAGGAACCGGCAGCACAGCCGCAUCGUGGCCUCCGAAUUCGGCACCUUGGCCCUGCCAGACCCCUGCCAGAGCCUCUUCGGGCGCUUCCUGGCGCGCUUCGAGCCCCUGCAGCCCAGUGACAACUCCAGUGUCAACUAUGUGCUGUACAAAGGGGAUUAUUAUGUCAGCAACGAGACUGUCUUCAUGCACAAGGUGGACCCAGAGACGCUGGAGACCAAGGAGAAGGUGGACUGGAGCAAGUUUAUUGCAGUGAACGGGGCCACAGCUCAUCCCCACUACGAGGCUGAUGGGACAGCCUACAACAUGGGCAAUUCCUACGGCAAGCACGGAUCCAGCUACAACAUCAUCAGGGUGCCCCCCCAGGAGCCAGGCCAGGGGGACACGCUGGAAGGAGCCAAAGUGCUGUGCUCCAUCCCUCCCAUGGACAGGGCAAAGCCAUCCUACUACCACAGCUUUGGAAUGACUGAGAACUACAUCAUCUUCAUCGAGCAGCCCCUCAGGAUGAACCUGCUGAAGAUCAUCACCUCCAAGCUCCGAGGCAAAGCCAUUUUUGAUGGGAUAAGCUGGGAGCCUCAGCACAACACGCACUUCCACGUGGUGAACAAGAACACUGGGGAGGUGCUGCCAGGGCUGUGGUGCUCCAAGCCCUUCGUGACCUUCCACCAGAUCAACGCCUUCGAGGAGCAGGGCUGCGUGGUGCUGGACCUGUGCUGCCAGGAUGAGGGCACCAGCCUGGCUCUGUACACUCUGCAGAACAUGAGGAGGAGUGGAGAGGGGCUGGACCAGGUUUAUGCCUCCAUCCCCAGAGCCUUCCCUCGCCGCUUUGUUCUCCCUCUGGACGUGGAUUCAGACACACCCGUGGGGAAAAACCUGAACCCACUGCCUCACAGCCAGGCAAAGGCUGUGAAAGGUGCAGAUGGCAAGGUCUGGUGCACACAUGAAAAUCUCCACCCCGAGGGCUUUGAGAAGGUUGGGGGGCUGGAGUUCCCCCAGAUCAAUUACAGGGGGUACAACGGCAGGAGGUACCGCUACUUCUACGGCUGCGGCUUCGGGCACCUGGUGGGAGAUUCCUUGAUCAAGGUUGAUGUGGAGACCAAGAAUUUCAAGAUUUGGCAGGAGGAGGGAUCCUACCCUUCAGAGCCUGUGUUUGUGCCAGUGCCCAAUGCCACAGCAGAGGACAGCGGAGUCAUCCUGUCUGUGGUGGUCUCCCCCACUGAGAACCAAAGUGCUUUCCUGCUGGUGCUGGAUGCAGAGAGCUUCCUGGAGCUGGGCCGAGCAGAGGUCGGGGUGCCAAUGCCUUACGGCUUCCACGGCGUCUUCGCUGCCCACUGAGCAAUCCUGGGACUCAGGGCCAGGCCAGGCUCAGGGGAAGCUGCUGCUCUCACCUCCCACCUUUCCCUCACUUCUGCCAUGAAGGAACUGCUUUAUCUCCAGCAUAACCUCCUGAAUUCCUGACAAACACAGCCAAGGAAGGCAGGAGCCCCCUUGCUCCCACAGCCACUGCUUUAUCUACAUUUGUGUCACUGUCCUGCUAGAGCAGCUGUAGCAGCAGCUCACAGAGGAUGCCAGGUUGAGCUUGCAAGGGAGAAAAUGGAACCUGAGGUGAUGAAGCCCUUCCUCUGAGGGGAACAGAGCAUCAACACUCGGGGCUGUGACUUUGGCUGAAAUAUGUAAAGCAGAAGAGAGGAGUAAAAGCCAGCAGGUGACAGGUGGGGACAGAGAAGGGGAGGAAAUCCCUUCAUUGCAUCGAGGCUGCCUUCAGGGGACUCCAGAGGGUAGAUGAGACACUCACAGAAAUUGUGUGUGCUUUUUUCUGUACCAUAGCAGUGCCCUCCAAUAAAACCUUGGGGAGUUUUUCCUUUAUUUUCCUGCCCUCACACAGUCUGGUUUUUAUGGGGGACACAUCUCCAGAGCAGGACACAGCUCUGCUGGCUGACACUUCUGCCUUCCUCCCAGUUCAACCAGUAGGAAACACGGAGAGCUCCACUGUGGCCUCGGUAUCUCUUUGGGGUUGAGCAGAACAAAUUCCAACCCCCUGUGUCAUCCAGGCUUCUCCAGCUGCUGAACUCUGGGGUGGAAGUGCGUGGGUGAAAAGUGAAAAUUUCCAUUUCUUCACUGUGACAAGCCUGAAGAAUUAUUGGAAUAAUUUCCAUGAAUAAUAAACGAGCCCUGACGCCCUUGGGGCUUUACCUCCUC